GACCCUAGAGGGCGUUAGUUGGAAUAGAAACAGAAUUUUCUGUUUAUGUCUACACGUGUUUACGAAUCUAUUUAAUUUGUUUUGUGUUAAUUGUUUAUUUUAAAUGAUGGACGAAGAUUUGGCAACUUCUAUCGAAUUGAACAUUGUCAAGAAAGGAGUGAAACGAAAUGAACCGGCGACAAUCAGGAGGAAAGUGAGAGGUAAACGAGCUUUGAAUAUCCCUUCGCCUGCUGUGAGAGCGAAAGCCAAAGCGAUUGAGAAAAGGAAUCAACCUUAUCUUGAUGAAUUUGCCAGUGGAAUUGAUUUAAAUAGUGAAAGUAAGAAGGCCAAGAAGAAUUCUGAUCAAUCACAAUCUAAAUCAUCCACGGUUACAAUUAAGAAACCUGCUGAUGAAUUCGCUGCGCUUGAUGAAGAGUUUAAUCAAUUGGCUGAGAAGAAAUUUCCUAAAUUCAGAUUUUCAAAUGAUAAAUCAUCUAAAUCUAAUUUUAAACUGCCCGAUUUUAAUACCUUUGGUUAUGGAACUGUUGAUAAUCAUCGUGGAUUUCAAUCAAAUGAUUUUAGAUCGAAACCUCAUCAAAUUGUAAAAGAUGGAAAAUCAUUUGUGCCUUCAUUGUUUUCACAUAAUCCAGAGACUCCAAUUGUCAGAUUAAAAAAAGUAAAGCCUGUACAGGAAACUCUUUUCUCAAAGAAAAAAUUCUGUGACUUGACAGAUUUACAUCCACAUCUUAUCGGUUGCCUUAAAGAUCGUCUUAAAAUGGAGGAAAUGACUCGAGUUCAACAAGCAGCAAUUCCAGAAUUAAUCAAAGGAAAAGAUUGUCUAAUUAAAUCAGUCACAGGAUCGGGUAAAACUCUUGCUUAUCUGGUCCCUAUUGUACAAAAACUUCAAGGUCUAGAACCUAAAAUACAAAGAAGUGACGGAAUUCAUUGUUUAAUCAUUGUACCUACACGAGAAUUGGUUGCUCAGUGUUUUAAUACACUUUCAGAUCUUUGUAAGUCUUUCACCUGGUUGGUACCUGGUUGUUUAAUGGGUGGCGAGAAAAAGAAAUCAGAAAAGAGCAGAAUUCGUAAGGGAUUAAUAUUAAUAUCGACGCCUGGACGUUUAUUAGAUCACAUUGAACACACUGAGAAUUUAAAAUUCAAUAAAUUACAAUUUUUUGUCAUCGAUGAAGCUGAUCGUCUACAUGAACAAGGGUUCGAGGAAUCGAUUAGCAAAGUUAUCGAUCAUCUCAAGGAUACUUGUGAAUCGAGGCCACAAUGUAUUCUACUUUCGGCCACUUUAACAUCAAGUGUCCAAGAUCUCGCUGGUAUGACGCUAACUGACCCCAAGUUGAUUGAUUUAUGUGAAACCGGUGAAAGUGAACCUGAGAUGUAUGCACUUCCACCGCAAUUGAAUCUCCAUUACAUGGUUGUUCCAGCUAAAUUACGAUUGAUUUCCCUUUGUUCCUUUAUUGUUGAUCAAAUAUCGAAGAAGCGAUUGAAAGCUCUUAUCUUUAUGUCGACCCAGGAUUCUGUUGAUUUUCACCAUGGAAUUUUCACCAAACUAUUUGCCCCACUAUUGGAAAAAAGUUAUUUAGGAGAUGUCAAAUUUUUCCGUCUUCAUGGAAAUAUGGAUCAACAUGAUCGAAUGUCAGUCUUUAACUCUUUCCAAACAGCUACAGCGGGAAUUUUACUCUGUACCGAUGUUGCUGCUCGUGGACUUGACCUUCCUUUAGUACAUUGGAUUGUCCAAUAUGGUUGCCCUUCUCAAAUCUCUGAAUUUGUUCACCGAGUGGGAAGAACAGCAAGAAUAGGAGCUAAAGGUGAUGCAUUGCUCCUUCUCCUUCCCUCUGAAACGGGAUUUCUAAAUCUCCUUCAAGAUGCUCUUCGAAUUAAUUUUGACGAAUUGUCACUUGAAGAAUUAAUCAAGAGCCUGUUACUCGUUAAACUUGAAGGUAAAUUUCUUGGAACCGGAAAUCCUCGUGAAUAUGCAGCAAAAUUACAACAAGAUUUCGAGAAAAAUGUUUAUGAAGAUGAAUGUUUAUUAAGUUUAGCAAAAAAAGCGUUUCUGGCCUAUCUAAGAGCUUAUGCUUCGUACCCAAGAGAGACCAGAGCUAAUCUUCCGUUCAAAGAAUUACAUAUCGGACAUGUUGCUACGAGUUUUCUACUCCAUGAUACACCAAAGGAACUCGGUGCAGCCGCUUUCACCAUGAAACAAAUGCAAUUCAAGACCGAACGUCGAUUCAAUCCAUAUAAUCGCGAAUGUCGUGACCAAAAACGUGGCCUACCCGUUGAAAUGAGAACUUCCGAGUUCAGUAGUGGAAUUACAACAGAAAAGAGACGGAAAACAUGAGCAACCAUUUUACUUAUCAUUUCUCUCUCUUUUUUAUCUCACUAAUUGUUGAAUUUUCUUUUGUUUAAUUUAAUUCCAGCAACAAUUGAAUAAUUACUGAUGUAAAUUAAAUCAAACCUCUUCUUUAAGGUUUGUAACAUUGUAAGUUAAUUUAACUAAACCGUAAAGAUUAUACAAACUUUUCUCUCUCAA